AUCUGCGCCGCGGCCCUUCCUUCCUUCGCAGCAUCCCACGCCGAUCGCCGAGCCCACUGCCAGCCAUGAACGAUUUUUUCUCGCCGAAGCGUGUGAGCUUCGAUCAGGAUCUCGAGAUCGACAAGCAAAAGAAAAAUGUGAUAGGAAUGCUCGAAACAAAGUCCGCCAUCGUCGCCCAGAUUGCGAGCUAUAUGAAAGCACGAUAUGAGAUGGAACACGAGUAUGCCAACCGGUUCCGGGAGCAGAUCAAGAAUUUUUCGUCCCAGAUCAACAACUGGCACGAAAACCCUGUCCUGUGCCGCCAUCUCCAGAGCUUUGUCCAAGCGGAGCUGGAUAGCGUCGGCCUUAUUCUGGAGCAAGUCAACUUGUUCAAAUCGACGCACGCUAUUCUCUCCGAUCAAUCUAGCCAUUACGGCAGAACAGCAAAGGAGUGUGGAGAAGCCAUCUCGAAAACCCUGGAAAAGUACAAAAGUCAGCGUGAGAUUGACACGGCGAAGGUUUACAACGCCUACAAGAAGGACUCGGAACAAGUGGAGAAGGAUGAAGGAAACCCCCAGAAUGCUAUGAGGCAGCGAGCCGUCGCAGCCAAUAGUGAUCGGGUCUACCGCCGGCAACUCGAAAACGUGGAGUUAGCACGGAGGGACUACAACUUUGCCCGUCAGAGCCAUCAAUCGAAAAUCAUCGCCAUGGAUAAGGAUCAUCAAAGCGCCAUCAUCGCUGCGAUGACCUCCCAUGUUGCCGAUUUGAGCAAGCAUCAGGAUCAGCUUGCUAAGCACCGAUUCAAUCUUUCCAGGUCGCUGGAUACAUUCUCGGCUGAUGAGGUGGCCUCCGCUUCCUUGGAGAGCCUUGACUGUGCUUGGCCCCAGUCCAGGGCCCUCAAGUUUGUCAACUACCAGAACAAGCCAUUCGAAGAUGCGGUCUUCAAGAUUGAUGUCGGCAGCCUGAUUUGCAAAAAAGAGGAUGAUGUGCCAGUCCUGCUCAGGCGCUGUGUUGAGGCCAUUGAAGCGCGUGGUCUUGACCGCGAAGGACUGUACAGAGUCAGCGGCAACCGCGUCGCUGUCGACAACUUGAAGUUAUUGGUUGAACAGGAUCUGAGCCAAGUCGAUCUGACGAACGAGACGCACGACGUGCACGUAGUUGCUGCCUUAGUCAAGCAGUAUCUGCGUGAGCUCCCCGUCCCUCUGAUUUCCUUUGCGGAGCCCGUUUUGGGAGAAAGCGAGAUGCACAUCUACAAGCGCGAGGCGAACUAUUUUUCACAAUAUCGAUCUCUUACGCCCGAGGCCCGUAAAGAGGAGCUGCACAGGAUCCUCGGCGCUCCUGGCUUUGGCCGAGAGAGACGUGCCACGUUGGCCUAUAUUAUCAAGCAUCUGAUCAAGGUGGCUAGUCACUCCGAGCAAAACAAAAUGAACAUGCAGAACCUUGAGAUCCUGUUUUCGGCCGUACUGUUCCGCUCCGAGCCGGAUGAUGAUAUAGCAAUCACCGAAAAGAGCUCCUGGUUUGGAACCAAGUCGACGCCGACGAUGGUGGACUCCGAAACGGCGCUGAAGAACCUGCUGGAACGCAAAAUGAGGGAUGAAGCAACUUGCCUGAUCAUCUCGGACCUAGCAGAUUAUGCCGACGAUGUGCUUGCAACUUCAUCCGAACUGCCCCCGCCGCGCUUUCAAUCCCUGGGUGCCACAGUGCAUCUGCCACAGGCGAUCAAGGCCUCGCUCAGUCCCCGAGUCCCAGCCAGUUUCUCGAGCGCCCCUCCUCCCCUCAGUCCCUUGCCUGCUCAAGUCCCGCUCCCAGCCGCGCCGAAAAACGACUCUCAGCAUGAUGGCAGCAACCUUGAGCCAGCUACCAUCGAAGCCACAGCGGACCCUCGACCAUUGGCUGCCGCUAGCCACGUUCCAAGUCUGAAAAUCACGACCAACACAGUCGCAGCCAUCGAAGUGACGGUCGUUGAAGCCACAACCGGGAGUACCUUCAACCAGGUCCCUGCUGCGGCCACCGCGGUCGUUGGUGAAUCGGGUGCCGAAUCAAAUGCCCCAGGUGCUACGGCUCCGGUUGCUGGGUCGACUGUUGUUCCGGCUGCUAGCUCAGUUGCUGGGCCAGUGGGUGAUACCCGCGGGGACAUUGGCGCAAAGCCCAGUUGAACAGGCGACUGGAAACCCGCAAGGCACCAUCGAUCGCACAUUUGCGAGCGAGAACCCAAGCAACUGAGCACCACACUCUGAUUGUCUCUUGUCUGCCGUCGAGCUUGCAAUCCAUCCUUCCUUCUCUGUCAACUGCGUGAUUGUACAUGCGACUUGUGCCUUGGCUGUUGAGAAUACACAGACCACCCGACCCGAAA